AUGAAAUCGAAGCAUGACAAGCCUGCCACCGGAAAUGAAAAUGGAAGCCAAGACGGUCCCCACACAAAGGAGUCAGACCCGACCCAGUCAGACGAUGAACCGUUCUCCGGGCUCACCGAAGUUGCAGCCCCCGCACCAGUAGGACGAUCUUCCCAUGAAGAACUCUCACGCCACAAGUCCCUCGAGCAAGAGUUAUCAAAUGCAUCAAACGAUGCCGCGGAUGGCGGUGAAGAACAACAAGGGGUUUUGAGUGAGGUCGCGGCGCAGGAGCCGGCGGCACGACGGACCGAGGCGGAAAUGGCGAACGAACCUUCUCUCGAACAAUCGCUCUCCAAGGAACGGCGUGGCGCAAAUUGA